AUUGGUCCACAAAAAGCACACACGUAACGCAGAGAAACGCACCGUUUGGAUCCCGACCAAUCCCCACCGGAACCCAGCUUCCCCCUCCGCCCCACCCAAACCCCGUACCCUUAACCACCUAACACACAACCCCUCCUUUAUUUAACAUUGUAGGGCCCACCACCACUCACGAGAAUCAGGUCUCUCUCUCUCUCUCUCUCUCUCUCUCUCUCUGUUUUUGUGUCUAACAUUCCAUAUGGACAGCGAGGGAGAGAGAAACAGAGGGGGAUGAAUUGGAAGCUCUUCUCACCUUGUGGUCCUCACGCGUUCCCGUUCUCUCUUUAAUUUCUUUUUACUUUUCCCCCGCCUAUAAUUCUCAUCACCCACCAUCAUCACUUCAUCACUCACUCCCCCUUCUUCUUCUCUUUACCCUCUUCUUCUUCUUCUUCUUCUUCUUCUUCUUCCUCUCGCUUAUACUUCCCACUGCCACUGAACUAAUUUAAUUUUUCCUAGUUCCGUUUUGGAAUUAAUUAAUGGAGAAGGGGAAGCAGAGAGUGGUGGUGACGAGGGAUAGGGUGAAGGAGGAGACCGAGGUGGCCGCCGAGGAGCAGCAGCCGGCGGGGUUUAUCUACGAUCAUGAAGACUACAGGAGGAAGAGAGCCGCCGCCGCCGCAGCAGCAGCAGCGGCUUGUUCCGGCGGGAAUAAGAGGAGUACUGGGGGUGGUGGUUCCAUGAGGUUCUGCUGUCAAGCUGAGAAGUGCAGUGUUGAUCUGAGCGAUGCAAAGCAGUACCACAGGCGCCACAAGGUGUGCGAGCUCCACUUCAAGGCCCCUGCCGUCCUCGUCGCCGGAAUCCGCCAGCGCUUCUGUCAGCAAUGCAGCAGAUUCCACGAACUAUCGGAAUUUGAUGAAUCGAAAAGGAGUUGCCGGAGGCGUUUGGCAGGACACAACGAGCGGCGCAGGAAGACCUCACUGGAUUCGCAGGCCUCGGAAGGAGGUGGGUCGACUAGGAAAGGGGCAACCGCUCAGCUGAAGGACAUUAACAGUGUGUGCGGGCAGGUGGACGACAUGGGCAGAAUUCAGAUAGCGAUCCAAGAGAAUGCCACUUACAAACACUUUCAGAUCAGAUAAUUAAGACCCAGACCCAGCUUCUGUUAAUUUGCUCCCAAGCAAGCAAGCAUGCAUGAAUGCUCUCUCUCUUCUGUCAAUCUUGAUGAAGGCGUUCUUAGAUUAAUGUUAGGAGCACUAGCUAGUAGUAUGAGUAGAGGUAAUGGUACUCUCUCUGCAUUGUGAUUGCUACCGGCUAGUUGGGUUAGUGGCUGCAGACUUCCAUUGUGGCUUGCCAAUUUGAUAACUACUAAUGAAUUAAUUGCUUUAAACCA